AUGGCUCAGCCUGUGACGUAUCCCGCCGCGAUGCAGCAGCCCGUGCAGUACGUCCAGUCGGGACAGCAGUACCUCCAGGGCCAGGCGCAGGCCGGACAGCAGUACCUCCAGAACGCCCAGCAAGCCGGGCAGCAGUACCUGCAGUCCGGACAGCAGUACAUGCAGAAUGUUGGCAGCAACCUGCAGCAGGCCCAGUCGAUGGUGGUGAGCAACUUCAACCAAUUUGGGCAGCAGCUCAACUCGGCUCUGGACCACGCUCAGGGCAAGUGGUUUGCACCGGGCGAGGCCCUGCCGCCAGGGUUCCAGGUCUCCGCUCACCCCGAGGGCCACACGGAGCCGCAGGGCCACCACGCCAUGUCGGAUGCCGUCGCGUCCAUGAAGGGAUUCACCAAUAAGCUGAGCGCGACCUUCAACGACACGGCCAAUGCCUUGGCAGGCAGCAGCAGCAAGAAGUCCAAGAAGAGCAAGAAGAAGAAGUCCUCCGGCUGGUGCUAA